GUUUCUACUCAGCGAGGCUUACUUCUUCUUCGGGAGUGUUGAUCCGACUGAACGAAAACUUAUAUCUCAAAAUGUCAGGGAAUGCAACGGCAGCUUUGGCUGUGAGUGGAACUCGUUCCACUGGAGAACCAGUGCGGACGCAGAACGUCAUGGCGGCGGCAUCCAUCGCUAACAUCGUCAAAAGUUCCCUCGGACCUGUCGGGCUCGACAAGAUGCUCGUCGACGAUAUCGGAGACGUCACCAUCACAAACGACGGAGCCACGAUCCUCAAACUCUUAGAAGUCGAGCAUCCCGCAGCGAAGGUUCUUUGCGAGCUCGCCGAACUACAGGAUCAGGAAGUCGGUGACGGAACCACAUCGGUUGUCAUCAUUGCCGCCGAGCUGCUGAAAAACGCCGAUGAGCUCGUCAAACAGAAAAUCCACCCCACCACCAUCAUUUCUGGAUACCGGCUCGCUUGCAAGGAAGCUUGCAGAUACAUCCAGGAGAACUUGACCACAACCAUCGAGGAGGCGGGGCCCGAAUGCCUCCUGAAUGUCGCGAGAACUUCUAUGUCUUCGAAAAUUAUCGGUCCCGACUCGGAAUUCUUCGCCAAGUUGAUCGUCGAGGCUGCGCAAGCCGUCAAGAUCUCCGAUGGCAAGGGCGGUUUCAAGUAUCCCAUCAAGGCGGUCAACGUGUUGAAAGCCCACGGAGCUUCAGUUCGAGAAUCGGUUCUUGUCCACGGAUACGCACUCAACUGUACGAUCGCUUCGCAGGCCAUGCCCAAGAUCGUGAACAACGCUCGCAUCGCCUGUUUGGACUUCUCGCUCCAAAAAGCCAAGAUGGCCAUGGGAAUUCAGGUGCUCGUCAGUGAACCCGAGAAGCUCGAGGCGAUCCGCCAACGUGAGAUGGACAUCACGAAGGAGCGCAUCACGAAAAUUCUCUCCGCGGGAGCGAAUGUCGUUCUCACCACGGGUGGAAUCGACGAUCUCUGCUUGAAGUACUUCGUCGAAGCGGGAGCCAUGGCUGUGCGGCGCUGCAAGAAACAGGAUCUCAGACGCAUCGCCAAAGCGACGGGCGCGCAGCUGUUGGUGAAUCUCUCGAAUCUCGAGGGUGAGGAAACUUUCGAGGCGUCCAUGCUGGGCGAAGCAGAGACCGUCGCUCAGGAAAGAGUCAGCGACGAACAGCUGAUCCUCAUCAAGAAGCCGAAAGUGCACUCGGCCGCCUCCAUCAUCGUGAGGGGCGCGAACGAUAUCAUGGUUGAUGAGAUCGAACGAUCGGUGCACGACGCUCUCUGUGCCGUGAAACGUGUCCUCGAAUCGAAGAGUGUUGUUGCCGGUGGAGGAGCCGUCGAAGCGGCCCUCUCGAUCUAUCUCGAGGGCUACGCGACUCUCCUCAGCUCUCGGGAACAACUCGCUGUCGCUGAAUUCGCGCGAUCGCUGCUCGUCAUUCCGAAAACGCUUGCCGUGAACGCCGCCAAAGACGCUACGGAUCUCGUCGCCAAACUGAGAGCUUACCACAACUCGUCUCAAACCAACGACGACCACGUCAGUUUCAAGUGGAGCGGACUGGACCUCAUCGAGGGUGUCGUUCGCGAUAAUCGCCAAGCGGGAGUUCUCGAGCCGACCAUGAGCAAGGUGAAGUCGUUGAAGUUCGCCACCGAAGCCGCGAUUACGAUUCUCCGAAUCGAUGACCUCAUCAAGCUGAAUCCUAGCGACAAACGAAUGGACGAGGAUGACUGCCGUUGAGCUACGUGCUUGCCGUCGUUAUCGAACUAGCGGCCGAUGUAUUUAUUUAAAAUGAUUUCCAUCGCUGCUGGAGUAUACUCUACCCAAUGAAUACAAUAAAAGCACUUCCGCCUUGGGCCGU